CUCUCCUUGCGAGCGCCCAUGCACCUCCCCAACAUUUUUUAAAUAAAUGAAUUUGGCUGGGGAUGGACCCCUCCCACUUUGUGUAAGCUCUUAAUUGUCAGUUUUGACGAAAGCUUGGGUAUUUAAAUAGCGUCAACGUCUCUUGUAUGGGUGGAAUUGGUGAAGUUGUUACAGAGCGCAUCUUACCCGACGUUUUUUUACCCGCUCUACCGCCGAUCGAUAAGCAUGCAGGUGUCUCUCGCGCUCCUCGUCUCCAGCACGGGGCUGCUGCUGCUACAGGGAUGUUGUACGGUCGUGCAAGGAUGGAGGGUACUUAAAAACGAUGCUACAGAAAUCAUACCAGAAUAUACUGAAAACGCACAGCCUCCCGAGCAACCAAUACUACAGGCUUCUAAUAAUAACAGUAAUACAAUGAAUCGACCAAAACACGGGGGAAGAAGAUCAUCAGCAAACACAGCCUCUUAUAGUGCCUCGGAGCUGAGCUGCAGGGAGCUGCGCUCCACCCGUUACAUCACUGACGGCUCCUGCCGCAGUGCCAAGCCCGUCAAGGAGCUGGUGUGCUCGGGUCAGUGCAUGCCCGCCCACCUCCUACCCAACUCCAUCGUGCGCGGCAAAUGGUGGCGGAGCAGCGCCUCUGACUACCGCUGCAUCCCGGCCCACUCCCGAACCCAGCGGGUGCAGCUGCAGUGCCCCAACGGCAACUACCGGACUUACAAAAUCCGCGUGGUCACCUCCUGCAAGUGCAAACGCUACAGCCGCCACCACAACCAGUCAGAGGCCAAGGAGAGCUCCUCAGAGGCCAAGCCCAGACGCGACAAGAAACGCACCCGGCUGCCUGGGAGUCGGAACAAAGGCAACACACCGACGCUGGUCAGCAAUUCAUACUGAGGAUGCUCUUCCUUCCUUCGUACACGGACAGAGACCAAAGCAGUACACACGCACAUGUUACACACACCCAACACGGCUCCUUCACUGGAAGAGGGAGAAGAAGAGCCUUUUCAACAACAAAAAAGGAUUUGUAAAGCUGUUUGUUGGACUGAUUUGACACAAGUCUCUCUCACCAGAGAGGCACUAUAGAUUUUGCAGCCUAUUUUACAAAAUAUUUCAGAACUUUUGAUUUGCAUGACCAAAUGAGUCGACAGAAUGCCAGGGAAGGCCAUGUGACUGGUCAGGAAAGGUGGAACACUGCUAGGAUGGGAGCGUACAGUAUUAUACAUGUUCCGGUUCAUAGCUAACAGCCUCUGACUCAGACACUAAGAGAAUCCACCUUCGCCACAGCAAGAGGUGCACCUAAACUCAAACCCCACCUGUCAAAACAUCCACUGGGCAGGCUACAUUGCCUGAUAGGCCUAUAGGGUUGAAAAGUGUCUCUGUGCUCUAAAUGUGCUCUAGCGCCUCUUUGGCUGGGUGUUCUGUACUGAGCAGCCUGUGGCAGCCCUGGGGCAUCCUGGCUAUGGAGGUGGGCUGCUGACAGGCCCUGGCCUCGACCCCAGACCACGCAGCCUCCUGACAGCCCGGGGAGCACCGCACUCACCAGGAGCCCCCCCAGGGUCCUCCUCGCUCCAUAGCAGCCGUAUAGGAGCUGACAGUUAAGGCCCCUGGCCCAGUGGCCCUAGUGGCCCGUGAUGGUGAAAGAGAUAGGGGGAGAGAGAGGGGUGGGGAAUGGUUGUGUCAGCACUCCAAGACCAGGGUGCCUGCGGUCAAACAGGUGACUGGGCAUUCCAGUGACCCGUCUUAAUGACUAAAUGAGCCCAUUCCUGUGUUUAGGAUUUGAGUCAUGAAAAGCCAUUUCCUCUAGACAUGGCUAGUUCCUGUUUGCUGAAACCACACAGACACACAAAAGAUCCUCAUGUGUAGAGGAGGCUCCAGCAAUUGUGCCUGUUGUUACCUUGAGGCACAGCAUUCUAUACUCAACUACACCCUGAAUGGAGACUAUUUGUUAGCAGCAAAUAGCAUUGGCAACCAACUAGCCAUAUCCCUAUUCUAUUCAUUGAGAACCUAGAUGGUGAGGGAGAGAAAAAAACUCCACUUCUCUGACUAUCAGCCCUACACUGUAAAUAACAAUUAGUUCUGCUAACAAUUUUUUGGGGUGGUAACCACCCAACUCAAACUAUGCAGUGUUCAAUACUUAAAGUAAUAAAGUGACAUCAUCACCCAUAUUGUUAUAUUUUUAAGUUGUAAAUACUUGUUUUGGGUUUUCUGAACUAUUUGACACGGAAUCCUAUUAUGUAUCUGAACUAUAAAAAUUGAAGUUACUUUAGCAUGAAUAUUUGUUGUAGUGAACCUAAACAUUUAGGGUCCCUUCUACUUACAUUUUCAAGUGCAAAUAGUAAGUAGUUCUGAUUAGUAAUUUUCAGCGGUCGUGUCUAACAUUGUUUUAUGUAUUUGACAAUUUGUCAUUUUAACCCACCUUAGCAGGUGUUGUUGAGCACAGUGCUCAUUCCUCUAGCAGUAACUGGAGGUAGAGUUGUAAGCAUUACAGGAUUCUGCAUUUGCCUCUGUCAAUCAGAGUGACUGUUGAUAGUGGGAAUUUCUUGUCUCAUUAUUGAAAGUACAUUUGCCCGAUGGUUUUGAUAUCGUUUUCCAUAAUCUGUUACACUUCAUAGCACAAAAAAACUGCUUAAUACUAUUUUAGAAAUAUACUUCUCUUUCUUCAAACACGCAUACAACAUUGUGUAAAAGUACUGUAUCAUAAAGUACUUUUCUUUUUUUUUUACCGACAAUCCUAUACAACAGAGCCAUGUGGCAUUAUUAGGUAUUCAUAACUUGUAAAAAUACGUAACAAGUCUAUAUCAGCACAAACACAGAUAAUUCAAGUGUUUUUUACUCCAAGAUCCAUGUCUGACUACUACUUUAUUAUUUUAAGUAUAGAUGUAAAACAUAAUAGAACCAAGUAACAACAAUUUGAGUAAUGUUAAAUGUUAGAUUGACUUUAAAAUAUUAAAUAAUCAUUACUUGUAAAGACUCAAUAGCUUUAGAUUAGCAGAACGCAAAUAAAUGAAGUUAUAUUUACUCAAUAAGCUAAUAUUUGUGAAUCGUUCUUAAAAAAUAUUAAGUGGCAUAUGAGUUAGUUACUUACCGUUGGAAAUGUUUGAAUAGCCACUAAUCAAUUUCUUUAAUGAGUUAGACAGUUCAUUUUUACAGUGCAAUCUCUGAAUAGAACUGUCAGGAAAGAUAGGAAUGAGGUAAAAGACUGAAACUAAAUCUGAAUUGUUUUAUAUUGGCUGCUGCUAUCCCGCAGGAUACAGACAGACACACAUAGACAGACAGACAGACAGACAGGAAAAGGUUCUGGAUCCCCAAUUUGCCCAUGCUGACAAACCCAUUUCCCUUUCUCAUCCCUAAUACAGACUGACCUGUAUUUAAUUAAGAAUACGAUGAACCUUUCAGCUUAUUGUCCACAUUCCGUGCUGCCAUUCUCUCAUAAUACUUCCURGUUUCGGUGUUCUAAACUGUACUGACAAUGUUUGCUUCUUGUUCAAUUGUGUGUUUGAAAUAGCAACUGGAAGGGAUUUUGUCAUGUAAGCAGAGUUGUCCGUGUAUAGUCUGAUUGUACUUUAGAGACUCAAAGAAGGACUGUUACAAAGAAUGAACUGCAUAUUUAUAUUUUAUUUCUACAUUUAAAUUAUUUAUGCAACUUCUUGUAGUAAAUGAUGAAGCCAUUAUUGUCUCAUAAAAUAAUAGUGACUUUCAGAUAAUAAUGAAAUACUGUACAGUACAAAAAUAAAGUAGAGGCAGGUA